ACGUUUUCGGCUCCCCGCAACUCAUUUCUGCUCUCUUCUUUCUCCCUUCCUCCGUCGGUUGCUCGGGGGAGGAAGGAGGUCCGGCCAUGGAAGUCCAUCCCGUCCUCCUCCUCUUCUUCGAAACCCGAGAAAUUAGCAUCUGAAGAAGAAAACUAGGCCCUGGAUCUUAGCUCCUCCGCGGGCGGAGAGAUCUCGAUCGUUGUCUUCGAUGUCGUGCGGCUGCCUUGUUAUCCAAGAAGUGGAAGACGGGGAGGAGGUCAAUUCCAAGACUAGGGAUUCUUCGUCUUCUUCUUCUUCUAGUUCGUUUUCAAGGACUCGGAGAUGCUGGUCGGAGGACAUGUUCCCCAUCUACGCCAUGGGGCAUUCGAAGCCGAAUUCCAUUGCCCGGACGGUCCUCGAUUCCGAUGGAGACCCCAUUUGGGACUCUAUGAGGGACGAAGCUAAAUCCGAGGCUGAGAGGGAGCCAAUUUUAAGUAGCUUCUUAUAUGCCAGUGUUCUAUCUCAUGAUUGUUUGGAGCGGGCAUUGGGGUUUGUACUCGCUAACAGGCUCCAGAACCCGACACUGCUGGCUACUCAACUAAUGGACAUUUUUUAUGAUGUUAUGAUAAAGGAUAGAGGUAUUCAACAAUCCAUUCGUUUAGAUGCUCAGGCAUUCAAAGAUAGGGAUCCUGCAUGUGCAUCAUAUAGCUGGGCACUGUUAUAUCGUAAGGGCUACCGUUCUCUGCAAUCAUAUCGUAUAGCACAUGCCUUGUGGAACCAAGGACGUAAGGUCUUAGCCUUAGCAUUGCAAAGUCGAAUUAGUGAGGUCUUUGCUGUAGAUAUACACCCAGCUGCAAGAAUUGGAGAUGGAAUAUUAUUGGAUCAUGGAACAGGUUUAGUUAUUGGUGAAACAGCUGUUGUAGGAAAUUGUGUUUCUCUAAUGCAGGGUGUUACAUUAGGAGGGACUGGUAAGCAAAUUGGAGAUCGACACCCUAAAAUAUGUCAAGGUGCUCUUAUUGGAGCUGGUACGACAAUCCUUGGUAAUAUUGUAGUAGGUGAUGGUGCUAUGAUUGCAGCUGGUUCCCUUGUAUUAAAGGAUGUGCCUCCCCACAGAUUGGAAGAAAAAAAAGGCUCAGAUGAAGUUGAAGCGAAAGCCUCAGAGGAAGUUGAUUGUGGAAGCAUGGCAGUAGGAAAUCCUGCAAGGGUAGUUGGUUAUUUAGAAGAUGAAGAUCCAUCUCUAACAAUGAAGCAUGAUGCUAGGAAGGAUUAUUUUGAACAUGUAGCUAUUUCUUCUAUGGAUGGGAGAGCUAAUGGGACUUUUUACUGCAAAAAGGAAAGUUGAAUCGGAGAUGUAGAGUUAGAUAUAUGAUGCAGUCCUCUGUUGCAGAUCAGUUACCUAUUUGUUUUCUUGUAUGUUCUUGCAUAGUCACAAGCAAGGUUUGGUGUAACUUAUCAAACGUCACCGGCUGCCUAAUGCAGCGUUAGACAGCCCAUUCUUAAAGCUUAUCUGAAUCUUCCCGGGAGGGGUCCAACUCCGAAAAUAAUGUUACUUGACAUUUUAUGGUGCUUGUGGUUAUAGUAAAUUGAGCUGUCAAAAAAUUUUUUGUAUGAAAUACAGUAUAACAAUGUCUGUUGAUGUUUGAGUAUGGCUUUCAUUUUCUUUUGAAAUGAGGCCUCUAUGCAAGUCAUGAGAAAAAUUAUAGAAACUGUUUCGUGGAAUUACUAUUCACACCGGUGUAAUGAUGAAUAAGCAAGAUCUAUUUUUGGAGGAAAA